AUGGAAGUAAAUAAGUGUGAAAUUUAUUCAGAAGAGUUGGAAAAAAAACAAACAUAUGGUCAGGAAAAAGACCAAAUACUAAAACAUUGUUAUAACGAAUUUAAAAUAGAUAUAUCUUUUUUUUUAAAGCUACAUGAACAAAAAAUAAAUAUUUAUAAAUUAAAAAGUGAUUAUGUUAAUUUAAUUUCAGAAACAUAUGUGAAAAAAAUAAAAGUAGAAAAUAAAUACAAAGAGACACAUAAUUUAAACAUAAUUGAAUUUGACUAUCCGUAUAAGACUACUAGUUUUAUAGAAAUUAGCAAAAGCUCGUUUGAUGCGGACCAAAUAUGCACAGGGCUUCAGAAAAAUGACGGAAAAAAUGACGGAAAAAAUGACGGAAAAAAUGACGGAAAAAAUGACGGAAAAAAUGACGGAAAAAAUGACGAAAAAAAUGACGGAAAAAAGGAAGAGGAAAGCAAUAGGCAUAGUACAAAAUAUCAGGGGGUGCUUUUAAAUUUUAAUACAUUAGAAGAGUUCUUAAAUGCAAAUAAGUCAAAACAUAUUAACAAUUCAAUGAGCGAUAUAAUAUGUGAAAAUAAAGAAAAAAAAAAAGAAAAAAAAAAAGAAAGAAAAAAAUGUAUAUAUGAUAAUUCUUUUUGGGAAUAUAAACAAGAUGAAUUAAAUUUUUUUGAAAAAAUAAAUAAAUAUUUAAUAUUAAGUUAUUUUGAUUUGAAAAAGUGUAUAUGUUAUUAUAGCAUAUCAAACCCCGUAAUUAAACCCUUCGGACAUUUUAAAGAAAUCUUUCCAUCCAAAAGAUUACACAUAUAUAUGAACGAAAAAAAUGUGUAUCUAAAUAAAGAAGCAAAUGAAAUUAAUGUUAUAGACACAAUAUAUUUAUCUCAAAAAAUAAAUAACUGUUUUAAUAACCAUAAACCGUUUGUAAAAUCGAGAGUAUUCUUAUUGUUAAGAUUUAAAAGUGGCGAUGUGAGUGGCGAUGUGAGUGGCGAUGCGAGUGGCGAUGCGAGUGGUGAGUGUUAUUAUGAUGAGUUCAUAGAAAACAGUUAUGAAAUUUUAGCAAAUAUGGAAAAUGACGAAAAUAAUGAAUUUUACAAAAUAAAUAGUUUUAAAAGAUUAUAUGAAUACAUUUUUUAUGACAAUAUUAAUGAUAAUCAAAAAGAUGAAUAUAUUUCACAUUGUAAUAUAAUAAGAAAGAAUUUGAAUUUAAUAGUUUUACCAAUUAGUUGUUUAAGUGAAUUAAAAGAAGAAAUUGAUAUGUCAAAAGAUAAAAUUUUGAAAAAUAUAAAAAAAAAAUAUUUUGAUAUAUAUAUAUGUAUGAUUGAUCAUAAUAUUAUAUAUAAUUCACUAAAUUGGGAUGCUAGAAAUUUAUUAUAUUUUUUAACAAUUAAAUAUGAAUUAUAUGAUUUUGAAAUUAAGUUAUUGGCAUUUAGAGAUAUAGAAUUAUUAGAAGAUAAAAUACUUUAUUUAUUUAAUAAAAAUAAUAAGUUAAUUUUUAAAUGUCCUGUAUUUUCAAAAAAAAAUAUAAAUAAUAUUAAUGAUAAUUCUCAAUUUGAAUUUAAAGAUGUUUCAAAUAUUUUAGGAAUAAGUUAUUCUUUAAUAGAGACAAUAAAUUGUUCUGAAAAAAAAAAAAAUUUUAUUUUUGAAUUGGUAAAAGAGUGUAAUAAUUGGAAUGAGAAUAUUAACAAAUUAGACAAUAUCAAUUUGAAUAAUAAUAAUAAUAAAAAAGAUGUGAUGAUUAGAUUUUGGUUAAAUUCAUCAAUGUUUAGUAUAAAAAUUAUGGAAAUUUCUAAUUUUUUAAAAAUAAAUAAAAAUGUAGUAAAUUCUUUAAAAUAUGAAAUAAUACCAGGAUGGAAAAAAUAUAUAGAAAAAAAAAAAAAUAAAAUAAAAGAAAAUAUAAUAUAUGUUAUAAAUUUAAAUAAUUUUUUAAAUAAAAAUACAAUACAAAGAAUAUCAUUAGAAUUAAAUAUAAAAUUAAUAAAAUGGAGAAUUUUGAAAAAUUUUACAUUUGAAAAAAUUAAUAAUUUAAAAAUAUUAAUAAUUGGGUUAGGUACAUUAGGUUGUUCCGUUGCUAGAAAUUGUGUAGCAUGGGGAAUAAAAAAUUUUACAUUUAUAGAUAAUUCAAGAGUUUCUUUUUCAAAUGUUAGUAGACAAAGUUUGUUUAAUUUAGAAAAUGCAGAAUCUUAUAAUAAUAUUGGUGAAUAUAAAUCUAUAGCUGCUAAAAAUAAUUUAUUAAAAAUAUCACCAGAUUUGAAUAUUGUUAGUAUAAUUAUGGAUAUACCAAUGCCUGGACAUUUAAAUUAUUUAAAAAAUGAAAAUCUUUAUAAUACUAUAAAUGAAUUAGAUAAAUUAAUUGACAGUCAUGAUGUUGUUUUUUUAUUAACAGAUUCAAAAGAGUCAAGAUAUUUCCCAUCUUUAUUAGUAGCCGAAAAGCAUUACAAUUGUUUAAAACGGUAUAAAAAUUUGCCAAACUUGCCAAAUCUGUCAAACUUGCCAAAUCUGUCAAACUUGCCAAACCUGUCAACGCUUCAGAAUAAUACCAUUUGUGAUACAUCCAAAAUGAAUCAAUGUAAAGAUAUCACAACCCAAUAUACAGAAAACAUAACAUAUAAAAAUUAUAUGUAUGGUUUAAAUGAGAAUAUAGAAAAUGUAAACUCUAAAUCGAUUUCAAAUAAAAAAAAUGAAUUAAAUAAUUAUAGAAAUAUAUUUUAUAGUAAUAUAUUAUCAACAAUAAAUCAAAUAAAUAAAAUGCCACCUUUAUGUAUAUCAGUAGCAUUAAGUUUUGAUUCAUUUCAAGUUAUAAGACAUCCCUAUUUAUAUUUUAAAAGUGGCUGUUAUUUUUGUAAUGAUAUGAAUUCACCAACCGAUUCGAUAAGUUAUAGAACGAUAGAUGAAAAAUGUACUGUAACUAGACCCGGUAUUAGUUUAAUAAGUAGUAGCAUAGCAACAGAAUUGUUAAUAUCUUUAACACAGCAUCCAUUACAAUUUUCUGCACCACAUGUUGAAAAUGAUCAAUAUAUUUGUUUUGAUUCUAAAUGUGAUAACUUAAAAAAUAAAAAUACAGAAACAUCUAAUUCAUUUGUUUCAUGUUUAGGAGCUACUCCACAUAUUGUAACUUUUAAUUUGUCGAAUUUAUCAAUUCGAAAGCUUUAUUCAGAUGCCUUUGAUAGAUGUGUCUGUUGCUCAGAACCCGUGAUUUUAAAGUAUCAGGAAAACAAGCCCGAGUUCGUCAAAAAGGUGAUUAGCGAAAGCCUUGUGCUGGAGGAAAUAACCAACAUGAAUAUUCUCAAGCAAGCCGACGAAGGAGAUGUGAUAAUUUUUGAUUAA